AUGUCGUCGUUCCCUCUGUCUGUUGUCGCUGUCAUCGUCAUUUCCACUGUCCACCAUCCUCCAUUGUCAUUCACCACCACUACCACUGCUCUAAUCAAGCCGAUCAUCAAGAGCGAUUUGUUCGACACUAUUCGAUCUGACCUUCAAAGCGAAAACGACUCUAUUAACAAGAAAAUUGAUCGCGAUGGUGAUGGAUUUCCGCGGUGGAAUGAGAAGUUGGUUGUCGAUCGUCCAAUGCACGCUGCGUUUGUUGUUGUGGAGGUUUGUCGUAGUGCUUCUUCCGGAUGGAAGGUUAAGAUCGUUGGGAAGUCUAGGGUUUCGAUGGCAGAUUUUGUCGUUGGAUACUUGCCGGAAAGUCAUUUGCAGUUUUUGAGUUAUAGGUUGAGAGAUGAGAGAGGGGAGAUGAAUGGAAUUAUUAAUUUUUCGGUGAGAGUGAAGUUGGCGCUCGGAGUUAAGAGGAUUGGAGUUCCGGUUGGCAUGGCGAUGCCGAAAAGAAGAUUCCACGGCGGCGAUGGCGGCAGCGAAGUGUUGUGA